CACGUUGCCGAGCAAGGGCGCCUCUCCCAUGUUUGAGGAAAGUCUGGUGUUUCCUCUCUGUCAAAUGGCUGGUGUUGACUGCAUGCCAUAGGGAGCAGGGUCCAAAAGUCACUCCCGAGUUGGCCUGAAGUCAAGCACCAAGCAAAAGGCCACCAUUUUCAGCACAUUGGCCAAGGAGAAGUCCUUAUCUGACUGCAAAAAGGAUCCUGCCUGAUCUCUGAGUCUCCACCUCACACUCUUCUAAUACUGUCUUCAACAAGACAUCAAGGAACAGCAAUGGAAACCUUCACUGUACAGAAGCAUCACUCCGGUCUGCUUCACAAGCCCUCUGAUUGAGAAGCCAAUUAGCAAAGAAAGCAUGCCUCAGACUCCUCCCUUUUCAGCAAUGUUUGAUAGCAGCGGUUACAACCGAAACCUGUAUCAGUCUGCAGAGGACAGCUGUGGAGGGUUGUAUUACCAUGACAACAACCUCCUCUCCGGAUCCUUGGAAGCACUCAUCCAGCACUUAGUACCUAAUGUGGAUUACUACCCGGAUAGGACAUACAUAUUUACCUUUCUACUCAGCUCUCGGUUAUUUAUGCAUCCCUAUGAGCUAAUGGCCAAAGUCUGCCACUUAUGUGUUGAACACCAGAGAAUAAGUGACCCUAAUAGCGAUAAGAGCCAGAUAAGAAAAAUUGCUCCCAAGAUCCUUCAACUCCUGACAGAAUGGACAGAAACGUUUCCUUAUGAUUUUCGGGAUGAAAGAAUGAUGAGAAACUUGAAAGAUCUGGCUCACCGAAUAGCCAGUGGCGAGGAGACAUACAGGAAGAACGUCCAGCAGAUGACCCAGAAUCUGAUCCGCAAACUUGCUGCCCUCAGCCAGUAUGAGGAAGUCCUGGCAAAAAUCAGCUCCACAUCCACAGAUCGACUCACAGUCCUCAAGACCAAGCCACAGUCAAUACAAAGGGACAUUAUCACUGUUUGCAGUGACCCUUACACAUUGGCUCAGCAACUGACACAUGUAGAGCUGGAAAGGCUCAAUUAUAUUGGGCCAGAAGAAUUUGUUCAGGCAUUUGUGCAGAAGGACCCUUUGGACAAUGACAAGAGUUGUUACAGUGAACGGAAGAAAACACGAAAUUUAGAGGCUUAUGUGGAAUGGUUUAAUCGCCUUAGCUACUUGGUUGCUACAGAAAUUUGCAUGCCUGUAAAAAAGAAGCACCGAGCAAGAAUGAUUGAGUAUUUCAUUGAUGUAGCUCGCGAAUGUUUUAACAUUGGAAACUUUAAUUCUUUGAUGGCAAUAAUCUCUGGCAUGAAUAUGAGUCCAGUCUCUCGGCUAAAAAAAACUUGGGCCAAAGUGAAGACUGCCAAGUUUGAUGUUCUUGAGCAUCAGAUGGAUCCUUCAAGCAAUUUCUACAAUUAUCGAACGGCGCUUCGUGGGGCAGCACAAAGGUCUUUGACUGCACAUAGUAGCAGAGAGAAGAUUGUGAUACCAUUCUUCAGUCUUCUAAUCAAAGAUAUUUAUUUCCUCAAUGAGGGCUGUGCCAAUCGCCUUCCAAACGGCCAUGUCAACUUUGAGAAAUUUUGGGAACUGGCCAAACAAGUGAGUGAAUUUAUGACAUGGAAACAAGUGGAAUGUCCAUUUGAGAGGGACCGGAAGAUCCUGCAGUAUCUGCUCACCGUGCCAGUCUUCAGUGAAGAUGCUCUCUACUUGGCUUCCUAUGAGAGUGAAGGACCUGAAAACCAUAUUGAGAAAGACAGAUGGAAGUCUCUAAGGUCAAGCCUCUUGGGCAGAGUCUAAUUCUGCUGCUGCUGUUGCUGCAGCCCCCACCCUCGAGCAGCUGGCCUUUGUCAUCUGGCAUCUUCGGAAAAUCACAACAUCCCUGCAAGCGAGCUCAUCAAGGGCAGAUGGGGAACUGACUUCCCACAGCUGACAGAUUGCCUCAGAUUCUCAGAGACUGAAAUGUUCACUGAAGACACUUGGGAAAGAAUCCUCCGAAGAUCCCAGCGCUGCACAUGAUUCAUCUCCUGGAAUUUCCAUGUGAAUCACAGCUCUGCACCUGGAUGGAGCUUUCUUUUGUGUGCGUGUUUUUUAUUUGGUUGAACAUUUGCUGCUAAUGGGACUUGUCCAGCUGAGUGCUGGCUCUUAGGAAGCCCAUGUUUCUUUGUUAACUUCAACGAAAAGGGAGAGGAGGGGAGGGGAACACCCCCUCCGUGUAGGUCCCCACCCUCAGCUCCAUCCGUCUUGCCAGGGGAGACAGACUGGUCGAAUGCUGACAUGGACUCGUGUCCCCUUGUGCGUGCUGUGUCAUGAACUCCUCUCCUCCCUCUUCUCCAAGGUUUUGAGUUGGCUGCUGGUUAGCAAACUCCUUUUUACCCACAUAAGUUAUUUAAUAUAAUGAUGAAGCUCAACACUGUGGUAGGAAAAUAGCCACUAGAAAAAGAAGCAGAGUUUGUCAUUGGACUUCUUAACGGUCUAAAAGGACUUUAAUUUCUUUUGCCCUUCUCAGCUGUUUACAACUGACCACUGUAUUCUACAGAUGUAUUUUUCAGUAGCUGUUUAGUAUUCCAUUAUUUCUUUUUUUUUUUUUUCUCUUGUAAACUUAAAUGAUCUGACUUUAAGGGUCUUGGAAAAACCCACAGCCUAAUUACAGUUUAAUUUUUUUAACAGACUGUUAUUUUCACUCAUUACCUUUUGGAGUCUGUUGGUGACUAAACAUGUGAACAAAGAAUAAAUUGGAAAACUUACCCCCUCCCACACUCCCACUGCAGCAGUGAACAAAACAAAUGAAAAACAUCUUGCUGUUAACUUAAAGGUCGACCUAAUUGUGAAAUAGCUCGCCUUGUUAAACAUCUAAAUAAGUCUGUAGUUGCUCUGCAAACAGCCAUUCUAUUUAUUUACUCUAGGAGAAACUGUAGAGUAGUAAACUGUGCUAAUGAAAAACAAAACAUCUUAGUACAAAACAGAGAUGUAUUUGAAAACAUAAUGACAUUGUUUGGAAAACAGAGCAUGUGUAUUUGCUGCACGCCAUCUCAGUAGACCUGAAAUGCCUCCAAGCUGUCCCUUUACAGCCAUCAAUAUAUUUUACACUCUGCAA